AUGUUUGCCAAAAGAUUUUUUUCAACAAGUACAUGUCAUUCUACAAAAGCAUGGAUGACAAAACAUGUGUCCGAUCCAUAUGUUCGUCGUUCUGUUAAAGAAAACUAUCGUGCACGAAGUGCUUUUAAAUUAAUUGAAAUGAAUGAUGCUUAUAAAUUCUUACAACCAGGUCAUGUCGUUAUUGAUAUGGGUGCUGCACCAGGUGCAUGGUCACAGGUACUUGUUAAACAAGUGAAUGCCCGUAUUAAUACACGAAAGAAAGCAAUACAACAAAAUGAAUUAUUACAUCCGAGUGAAAUCACAUCAUUACAUCGACCAAAUCCAGAUUUAAAAUGUGGAACAGUUAUUGCACUCGAUCGUAGUCCAAUAUUUGAAAUACCCGGUGUACAUAUUAUUGAUGAUUGGAAUUUAACAGAAGAAACAACGAGAGAUUGUAAUAAACGAUUACAAGAUUUAUUAAAUCGAUUACAAAUUGAUAAAGUUGAUGGAAUUCUUUCUGAUAUGUGUCCAAAUGUUACUGGAUGUAAAACAAUUGAUCAUUCAGCAAUUGUUAUACUUCAACAGCAAGCUCUUAAUUUUGCUCGUCAAUUAUUAAAACCAAAUGGUUAUUUUUUAUGUAAAUUAUUUCAAGGACAAGAAGCAUUUCAAGAAAUACGUUCAUUACUCGAAUCUCUUUUUCAUAUUGUUCAUCUUAUUAAACCAAGUGCAUCACGCUCUGAAUCAGCAGAAAUGUAUUUAUUAGCUAUGCAAUAUCAUAUCGAUACAUCUAAUAUAUCUUCUAAAACUAAUAAAACAAAUAGUAAUCAAAGAAUAGAAACAGACCAAAGUGAAAUUAAAAGAUUAAUUGAUGAAGCUCGUCGUAUACGAACAAAGAAUAAAGAUAAAUAA